AUGAAGCUGUUCCGUUUCUCCGACGAAAGUGUCCUCGGGUCUAUACCAGGAAAAGCCACCCAAGUGAUGAUGUACCACGACAGGUACACAGCUGGCGAGACCACGGGAGGCCUGAGCGUCCUCUUCGCUAUGCUCUGCAUCAUAGAUUUGUUCGGAGUGUUUCCGGUUGUAGCCUUGCCCAAGAGCAUCAUAUCAUGUGGAAUCUACGGAAUACCUCUCGUGUUAGCUGUGGUUGCUUUGCAGCUCUAUACUGCUGUACUGCUGGGAAGAAGUUGGAUCCUGGCACACGAUAUUGCCCCGAACAUCAGAGAGAAGAGUCGAUUUCCAUACGCUGCUGUCGCAGAACUUGCUUUCGGGAAGACAUCACGGAGUAUAGUCACAUUUCUCAUCGAUGCAACUGUGUUCAGUGCUGGAGUUCCUAAUUUUAUUUUCGCAUCACAGAGUAUGCAAUUGUUCUGGUGGAAGAUCACAGACGGUGACGUGGGCAUCACAUACUGUGUAUGGAUGGUCGUUAUUGGUUUGCUGCUUUGUCCUAUCAUGUGGCUCGGUUCGCCAAAGGAUAUGAAACCACUAGCACUGACUUCAGUGUUUAUCGUUACAACAGUGGCGGUAUCCACUUGGACGUGCAUUAUAAACGAUGACACAUCACCCCCAGCUUCUGGAGAUGUAUUAGCUUAUUCGCCGAGUACAAGGGACUUUUUGGUAGCAUAUGGGAUUAUGGUGUAUCAGUUCGAUAUCCAUCCAAUGUUGUUGACGUUACAAGUAGACAUGAAAGACAGUCGGCGAAUCCAUUCGGCUGUUCUAGGCGGCUUCAUGGUCACGGGGCUUAUGUUUACUGUCACGUCUUUCCUUGCUGCCAAGCGAUACGGCAACAAUAUACAGAGCAAUAUUCUACAAGGGUUGCCCCCAUCCAUAAUUUUAUACAUCGUCGCGUUACUGGUCACACUCCAACUUUGUUUAUCUAGUGCUGUUGGGAAUUCCGCACUGUUUCAACACUUAGAAGAUCUACUUAAAAUACCGAGAGAAUUCUGUAUCCAGCGUUGCAUCAUGCGCUCCGGGAUCAUUGCUCUAGCGGUGUUCCUUGGCGAAUCGGUUCCACGUUUCGACCUCGUCAUGGGCCUCAUCGGCUCCACACUAACCGGCCCUCUCAUGUUCAUCUUCCCGCCAUUAUUCUUCCUCAGAUUAUGCUAUAAGAAGUCCUCGUUACCCAACGACACUGUGCCAUACAAAAGUAAAAGACUCGGCGACGAUCCGUCAAAGAUGGCGCUGUUUAUACACUCGUUUGACACUAAGUAUAAGACGUUCACGACGACUUUGGAGAAAAUGGGCGAAGACGACAUGGACGAAUAUAAUAUUAAGUGGUACGAUAUUGUUCUGGCGGUGAUAGUUAUGUUGUUGGGUAUUUUGGCGACGGCGUUGGCCACUUAUUCGAGUUGGUCGGAUGCGAUAUCUUCUGCGUCAUUUUCGCCGCCAUGUUUGGUUAACGCGUCUGCUGCAGCGCGGAGUUUUAUUGAGAGGAAUACUCGUGUGACGUAA